AUGCAUACUCUGGAAGAAAAAUACAAGGCAGAGAUAGCCCAGCUUGCUAAGGAGUUGGAUGAUGCGAGAUCACUGGUGAACGAAUUCCGGAAAACUGAAGAAGAACACCUCGCAGAAAUUGCUUGUAUAUCCAAGGAGCGCGACGAAUUGAAAGAAAAAUACGAAGCAGAGGCCAAAAAGUCGCAUUUGUGCCCCAAAUGUGUGGAAACAGAGGAAGCUCGCUUGGAAGCAGAAGCAGCUGCAAGAGAAGCAGAAGAGGAGGCUGCAAGAGAAGAAGAGCGUCGAGCAGCAGAAGAAGCAGCACGGCUGGCGAUCCAGGAGGCUGGUAGGAAGGCACAUGCUGCCAUACGGGCUGAACAGGAAAGGCUGGAAGCAGAGGAAGCAGCUCGCUUGCAAGCAGAAGCAGCUGCAAUAGAAGCUGAAGAAGAGGCUGCAAGAGCAGAACAUUGUCGGACAGCAGAAGAAGCAGCACGAUUCACAACACAAGAGGCUGCCAGAAGGGCUGAAUUGGAAAGGCUGGAAGCAGAGGCAGCAGAGGAAGCAGCUCGCUUGGAAGCAGAAGCAGCUGCAAGAGAAGCAGAACAGGUCCAUCAGCGGGAAGUGGAAGAUGUUGUGGAACUGCAUGGCCUGGAAUCUGCUACCCUCAACGGCCAGGAUCCUCGGAUCAUCGUCUCUGUGGGAAGGUUUGCCGGGGUGCAGGAAACCAUCAAAGUUUUCGAGGAUCCCAAGCGACGCCCGCUGAGAAUUCGGUGGUUUGAGCCCAUCAAUGUGUUUGAGGAACGCCGCUUCGGGCCACACUUCAAGGAUAUCACCUUCAAGGCGCCAAGCGCAGGUGGCGGGUGA